UACAAGCCGUAUGUGCGCGUCGAGUGGCAGGAUUUUGCUUUGCGAGAAAAUUUAAUUGCGCCUUGUUGUGAUGCUAAGAAACAUUUAUUUUUACAUUUUACAAUCUGUAUCGGCGUCACUUUUGAUCUAGUUCAGAUUGUCGCGGUAGUGUAAGUGCACAGUGAGCGAAAGAGAGUGAGGCAUAAAAGGGCGUACCGUCUUCCGAUUAAAUUAACCUUUACGAGCAAAGAUGGCCGAAGUCGAAGGGAAAAAGUUGACCGAGCUGCGGGUUAUUGACUUGAAAACCGAACUGGAACGUCGAGGGCUUGACAAAACUGGAAACAAAGCUGCUUUACUCGACAGACUUUCCAAGGCUAUCAGAGAGGAAGGUAAUGAUCCAGAUGAAAUUUUGAUAGUUCCUGGUGGUGGACACAGUAAAAUUCCUCCUACACCAAAGAAGCCAGUUGAACUUCCAGUUGUAGUAGAAGAACCUCCUGUAGAGCGGACAGAACCUGAAAUCCAUAAGGAGUCAACCAAUGAUAUUGAUAGUUUCAAUAAAAAAGAUAAUAAAGUUAUAGAUCACAAUGAGUCAAGUAAUACAAGUAAUCUGGAGGAACCAGAGAUAAGCAUUAAUGCUAGACCAGAAGAUUUGGAUAUGGAGGGAGUUCAUGAAUCUGAGCAUGAAGAUGACCAACAACAUGAACCACAGUCAGAGUUUAAGGAACAACAUGAGUUAGAACCAGAGAUGGAACAAGAAGCAGAGCAAGAAAUGGAACAUGAAGAAACUUUGGCUUAUAAAAAUGAAGAGUCAGAUAAAAAAGAUUAUUUCCAUUCAGAAGAAAAUAGUAACAUUUCUGCAAUUGAAGCAAAUGGUAUCGACAAUGAAGAUUCUAUCAACUUAACAAUUGGAGAAGAUGAACAGUUGGAAAGUCUCCUUGCUGAUGAGCUGGAGCCUACUACAAAGCAGAAAGCAGAUGGAGGCGCCAAGAAGAAAACGGAAGAAAGCCAGAACGACAAGAAGGGAGACUCUAAAGGGAGCGGCAGAGCGGACAUAGCUGCCGGCAGCAGCGACAAGGAAGGAGCCACAUCAUCGUCGACCAGUGCAGCUGCGUCCAACAAGGAUACCGAUGGAACCAAGAGUAGUGAUGCCUCUGGAAAGGGUUCUAAGAAAGAUGACAAAGACAAAGGAACAGCAUCCACAACUGCCAGCCGAAAUCUGUGGGUAUCUGGGCUGUCAUCAACAACUCGUGCAACCGACUUAAAGUCCAUAUUUUCCAAGUAUGGAAAGGUUAUCGGUGCCAAAGUUGUUACCAAUGCGAAAACUCCAGGAGCCAGGUGUUACGGCUAUGUCACCAUGUCCACGAGCGAUGAUGCUGAAAAGUGCAUUCAACAUUUGCACAGGACUGAACUACAUGGACGUGUCAUCUCUGUUGAAAAGGCUAAAGGCGACGCACAAUCUCAUAAUCGUAAGCGCGAGCCAACAGCAAAGGUCGAUAAGCCUGAGGAUAAAGAGAAAUCUAAGGAAUCUGAGUCAAAAGACAAAGAUUCAGAGAAGAAUCAGGCCGAGAAGAAAGACGAUGAUUCGUUGCAUGAUGCCGUCGAUAAAUCUGCGGAUGACUCAAAUGAUAGAGACAAACGCGAAACAAGUGAAAAUAAGGAUGAAGGAUCGCUAAAGGACUGCGAUACCCGCUCCAACAAAUCCUCGGGUCGAAGAUCUGAUCGCGAGCGUGGCAGAAGCGAGGACAAGAAACGCUCUUGGGACAGAAAGGCAUCGCGUUCGAAGAGCCGCGAUCGCAAUCGCAGUCGAGAUAACGUACUGUCUUUUGCUAAAAUCAAAGAGGAGCGUGAGAGACAGAGAGUUCGUGAGAAGGAGCGCGUGGUACGCGAGGAGAAGAGGCGCAGACGCGAGGAUGUGGAACGUCAACGAGCCAUUGAACGCGAAGCCGCUCGUCUCGAACGUGAACGUGAGAAGCUACGUAUGGAACGCGAACGCAUCGAGCAAGAGAAAGCCGAACUUUUGCGCUUGGAACGCGAAAGACAAAAGGUCGAACGAGAAAAGUUGGAGCGUGAAAGAUUGGAACUGAAAAGACUGCAGAUGCGUCAAGAAGAGACACGUCGAGGAGGAGGAGGCGGAGGAGGAGGAGCACCACCACCUGUACCUGCAGGCAUCAAAAGACCUACAGGCGAGCGACGCGAAGGAAGGGAUGCUUACGAACCCGAACGCAAGAGGAUUGCAACUGAACAUUCGUCCAGUCGUAGACAUAGUCCACCGCCUUCGAGGUUCGACUCGAGAUCUAAGGAUAUUCCUGUACAGAAGAGUUUCAAACCACGGCCUGAUUUUGGAAGUUCGAGAAAUUCAAGAGAUGACUAUUCAGAUCCGAGAGGUGGUAGAGACGUUGUUGUGCGUAGAGAAGGCAGACCAAAUCACAAUGAAAUUGAUCAUCGUCCACCUAAAGAAAGGUAUGAGCGGCCAUCAAAUUUUCAACGUGAUAGAGAAGUUCAUAGACCGGACGACACUCACAGAAGCUCUCGAGAUACACACAAUCGAUAUGAAAAUUCAAAGCCAAAUCCUCGUGACAAUCGGUAUGUUGAAAAUAGACCUACGGGAUGGCAUUCGGGUCCUCCUUCAAAGCCAUAUAACCCAACUCAUAAUCGUAAUGAACAGACUGGUUGGAAUAGCAGAUCAUCAGACACGAGACCGUCUAAUCCCCGAUGGAAUAAUUCCAAUAACAUGGGUAACAAUAUGGGUGGCCAUCCCAGAUCUCAAGUAUACCAAGGUGGACCGCAGUACGGAAUGUCGCAAGGAAACAGUAGCGGACCAUAUGAGAGAUACGACUCGUAUAAAGGUUCAAUGCAGAACAUGAGAAAAUAUUAAGUCUGAGAAUUUUUUACUUCUCAAGAUUUUUUGAAGCACAUCACACUGGUGCGUCAUCAGAGGCUUUUAUAACGUGAAAGAAACAAAAAAAAAGAACCUGCGGGUCCUUUUUUUAAAAUGAUUGUACGAUUAUCGAAUAAAAUAAGAAUACUUAAGUUAGAGAAACGAAGCUUAAAGUGAAUUUUUGUACUGAAGACUUUCGAUAUUCCUUAUUUUUUGUAAUUUUACGUUCGAUGGAUGCGCCGAAUAAUAUAGCAAAUUCACAUAUAAUUUGCGUCAUGGCAAUUUAUUUACAUACAAGUAAACUAUAUAUAAUGGAAUAUUGUAUUGAAAAAUAAUAAGAUCUUAAAUCGAUUUUCCAUUUUAGUUCUGUAUAAUGUGUACAGAUGAUCAUACCAUUAUUAUCACGUGGAAAGAUAAACAUUUCCAUUCAACCCUCGCACAUUGUUUUCAGCUACACUAAGUUAAUCUUAUGUAUGUAUACUUUUUCUGGAAGGAUAAAAAGAAAAUACACUUUAACCAUCUAAAAAAGGUAACAUGACCGUUAUAAUGAAUUUCAUUUUACGUAAUAUUAGCUAUAAUUAUCAUGAAAUUUGAGAGUUUACAAAUGUAAGUGCGAACUUAUAUGUAGCAUGAUUUAUGCUUCGUAAUAAAAGAAAACUCAGA